GUUUUCAAGAAGCAGUUCAUGUAUCGCAGCAAGACUUGCUUUUCCCAUCAUUAGCAGUGUAGGAAAUACUCAAACCAAACCAAAACAUGCCGGUAACAGCCAACCAGACUCCGAGGAAUAGGAAAGAUGUCAAAGGUCAAAUAGCUAAGCAAACACCAACUUGCAAAGUAGGUUAUGGCCUAGGUCGCAGGAUAUCGCUGACAGGGUUCAGUCGGAAAGUAAAUAAUUACCAAAACUAUAAGCUCAGAGAGGAGGGUGCAACGACCUGGCUAAAUUGCAAUGCUCAAAACAUCGCCGUACAGAAAAAACACAUCAAGAAUUUGGGCAUAGACGUUAAUAACUUUUAUGGAGGACCAGUCAUAAAAAAAAGGCCGAAACUUUCUACCCAGCGAAGGAACAUUUAUUUUGCGCAGCUUGGGGUGUCCAGAUCUUCAGAUGAGUUCAAUUUGCGUACUGAAACUAAUGCACCUGAAGGUGAUACAAAUAACAUGGCAUCCCAGCAAGAACAACCUAACAAUACAUACAGCCUCGACAAUAAGGUAUCCAAGUUACAUAAAAUAAUGAAUCCCGAGAUUGUUAAACCGAUCGAUAAAUGUACUCUAGACAAGCUAAGGAAAAGUCCUCGACGCUUGAGAGAGUCCGGAAACAGCCGAGUUCAUAAGCGUUACGAAAAAAAGUUAUCGAAACCAUUAAAUAGCCCCACCAAUAGAAGAACUGUAGUAAGGAUGCCUGAGGAAAAUGUCGAGUAUGAUAGUAUAACACUGUGCGACUUCGGAGAAACAUCACCCAGGAAUUAUCCAGAGGAGACUGACAGUGAAAAAUGGUACAGCUCUGACCCAGACAGCGAUGAUACGAUGAGAGGAAGCAGUCAUAUAGAUGAUGAUAUCUCCACUUCAGAGGAAGAAAACGUUCAAAGUCGAUCGGGGUAUGAAUCGGACAUAUCCUUCGAAGAACCACAGUGUUCGGAAAAAGAGUUCACAGCGGAGUAUAAUAGGCCACAAUAUAAUAUAAAACCGGUUGAUAGUGAUAUCUUUACUUCUGAGAAAGGAGAACUUCACAGUCGCAGGACAUUACUUGCAGAAAAAGAGUUUACUUUAAAGGAUGAGGAAGGCAGUGAUAUUUUGACCUCAGAGGAAGAAGACGUUCAAAGUCGAAUGGAGUAUGAAUCGGAAGAAGAUCCACAGUGUUCGGAAAAGGAGUUCACAGCGGAGUAUAAUAGGUUGAAAUAUAAUAUAAAACCGGUUGAUAGUGAUAUCUUUACUUCAGAGAUAUCUUCCUUAGAGGAAGGAGAUCAUAGCGAAGGACAUGAAGCGAGUGAAUUGACAAUUAACUCAGAAGAAGACAUAUCACUCCUUUCAGAAAAUGACUUCCUUCUAGAUAAUAUGGAUAUUAAGAAUGUUGCACAGUAUGGCGAAGGCAAUGAAAUCAUGGAUAGACUAUUAAGUGAUGACAAUCCCAAUUGGAAGGUACGACCACCAUCAACGAUCACUUUUCAUGUUACUACUCCUCGAAGGCCUCCCGGUGAUGCUUCACAGUUGAUGAAAUUUCUGUUAAGAAGCUUCAAGAAGUUGAAGAACGAAGGCCAUUUUCCUUGGAUGGAUCGUCAAGCACGUGUGCGUAUUUUGCAAGCUAAACGUCCUAGUAUUCGUGACUGCGAGGCAUCAUUUUUGCUUUAUGUCUUUAGUGGAUUGGGGAAGAUUCGUCCAGCAACAAUGGUGAAAAUUAAUAUAAGUUUUUCGCCAGAAGAAAAACCUUCACCAUAUCUCGAUAUACUACUUUUUUAUAUAAGACAGGAUCGCUUGGAACAUCUGAAGCAAACGGCAAUGAAGGUCGAUAGGUACAAUCAUAUGAGAGCAAAACGCUCUAGGCAGUUGAAAAAACAUGUUAAGCGCAUAGAGAUAUUGCAUGCAUAUAAGAAGGUUGAAAAGAAAAGGAUUUCUUGUACCGAAGAAGAAAAAAGGCGGAUAAAUCCGAUGCUGCGCAUGGUCCUUCGAAUCAACCCACUAUUUAUAAUUUGCAGUGUAACUGUCAUCACCGCCUCGUUCCUGGUCUUCCACGAGCUGUAUUAUGGGCGACCUAAGCCUAAAACGCUUUGGGAGAGCUUUUUGCUAUGUUUUGGUAUAUAAUCUCGAUAUAUUUGAUAAUUUCAAUAAAAUAUUUUUUGAACUAUAGUAUCAGUG